UAGUGCUGGCACUGUAUAGGAGACACUGACCUUGUCUGCAGGAAGGCAAUCCUAGCCCCUCAUGCAACCUCUCUCCCCUCUUUGCCCACCAGACCCCUUUGUGGUUCAGUGCACAGCAGGCUGCGUGCUGUACCCCAACAGAACCUCCCAGGCCUUUUGCAUACGUGGGUUACAAUGGCCAGGAUUUCCUCAGCUUGACACGGAGAAUGUCACCUGGACCCUCUCCCAGGACACCAAGUUGUCAAGGUAUGUCCAGUCAUUUCUCCAGAACUACACCGCCUUGAAUGAACUGGUGGAAAUUCUUUUCAAUGAUACUUGUGCCGAUGAACUUGAGGUGAUCCUGCAGUAUGGAAAGCCAGCUUUGGAGAGACAAGAGCUGCCUGUGGCCACGGUCUUCGCCCGCACCCCCAGCCUAGACCAGCUGCUGCUUGUUUGCCAUGUCACUGGCUUCUACCCCCGGCCCAUCAGCGUGGCCUGGCUGCGGGAUGGCCAGGAGGUGCCUCCGGGCCCAGCGCUCAACACCAGCACCAUCCUGCCCAACGCUGACCUCACCUACCAGCUCCGCAGCGUCCUGGCCGUGGUCCCUCAUGAUGGGCACAGCUAUGUCUGCCGUGUGCGCCACCAGAGCCUGGGCACCCGCAGCCUUCUCAUCCCGUGGGGUAGGUGCCACCCAUGGGGAUGAAAUGGGUGUCCUGAGCCACCCUGCCCCACAAGAUGGAGCAAAACCCAGAAAGCUCAUUGCAGCUUCUCCUUAUGUUUUCCAGGGAACUCGGAAGUGGUGCUGAUCACAGGGCUCAUGGCCGGGCUGCUUGCAGCCAUGGCUAUAGCUGCCAUGUCAGUGCUUUGGGUGUGGAGAAAAAGGUGAGUCCCUGUCUGCCCCAUGGAGAGGCAGUGAGAGAGGAGGGGAGGAAAUUCCCAGGGGAUUUCUGCACUGACAAGCAAAGCUCUUGCUUUGGCCCUGCCAGAUGCUGUCUGCACUCCUACAAGGUCUCUGCCAUGGAGCAUCCAGCUAUCCCCCUCUUAUUUCAGAAAGCACCAACAGAUGGAGGAAUCAGAGUCCAGGAACUCCAUCCUGAGCAAAGCAGCUUAGCUCAGAAGGGAGCCAACAGUCCCCAUUUCCUCCCACUGUCUUUACAGCAACAGGAACUACCUUCUUCUGCUUCACCUAAGUUCUGGGCAUUGCAAUUGCAAGACUAACUCAAUUCAGAGAUGCACAAGAGAAACCUGGAAUUUUCUAACAGACACAAUGCAAGUCUAAGACCCCCCCCACUUGUUACACAUGAUCAUCUCUUAGCUUGUGGCACUGGCCAGUCCACCCACUGAUGCUCUAGGGCACCUCAAUGCCCAAUGGCAAAUUCUUCAGUAACAGUUUUGACAUAAGGUGGAAAGCCGUCCCCUUCUACUAUGACUUUCUGUUUUGUUUGGGUUUUUUUCAUUCCUAAAAAUUACCUUUAUUAACCAUAUUCCAGAAAUAUUUGUGCUGAGACUGAACUGUUCCAUAUAGACUAACAGAACCUGGCCAGAAAAUGGCUCUACAAAGUGCUGAUAACACUGAAACUCUGGUGUAGGAGCUGCAGAUGUGUAUGAAAUUCAAAUAAACCAUUCAUAUUUUCACUAAGAUCACGUGCCUUUCCUUAGCAGUUUGAAUGGGCUUGAAGAGGGCUAUGUAUGGAACCUGAAACACUGCUGAAUUAUUUGCACUACUUGUAGAAAGCACCAAGGCAUGGGAAGAAAAAGUACAUGUGUGCCUGUGCAUAUAUGAACAUGUUCUCACAUAUUUCAUGGAAAUAAGCAACUGUGUAUAUGGGGGUAAAGUCAACUCAAGG